CUCUCUGUGCUCACCCUCUAUGGUCUCCAUAGCUAAACCAUUAGGUUUUUGUAGUGUUUUUCUCUCUCUUCGCCAAAACAUACACACAUACAGACAUACAUACAUACAUACAGUAUAUAUUGUAUACACACUCUAUAGCAGUGCUAAAGUCAUAUAUCUCUCACUCACUACCAGUCAUUAGAUUAUAGUGUGGGUGAGACAUAUAAAUACAAGAACCACUCAUCGGACGGCCAUUUUUUGGUCAUAUUUGACACUAUUUACGACACUUUUGGAUCUUCUAAUUUGAUUUGAAAUUAUCGACCGAACGGUCCGACUCAACCCCAACACUACAAACAUGUCGGCCAACAACCGAUUGAUCGCAUUAUUAACCGUUUUCAUAGUGAUUGCCAUACAGUGGUCCGAACCCGUCGACGCUUAUGUUGAGGCAUUGGCAGCAAAUAUCGACACCGGACUCAGUCAUUUCCAACCAAUGGUGGCAAUACUCUGUGGACACGGACAGUAUCACAACCAAUACCUGGAUGAAAAUAAGCGCUGGGUAUCAGAUCCCGAUCCCAAAGCUGUCUGUACUAAAGAUAAACUUGAAAUAUUGGAAUACUGUCGAAAGGUUUAUCCUAAAGAGGAUGUCAGAAACAUUGUCGAGUCCAACAAAUACUAUAAAAUAAACAAUUGGUGUAAAUUAGGACAAAAGAAAUGCCGAACCAAACACUGGAUCAAACCGUACCGGUGUCUGGAGGGUCCGUUCCAAAGUGAUGCCCUACUGGUGCCCGAACACUGUCUGUUCGAUCACAUCCACAACCAGAGUGUUUGCCAGAGUUCUGAUUACUGGAACCGGACGGCGACUACCAGUUGCGACAAACGGACAAUGAAAUUGCAAAGCUUUGCAAUGCUGUUGCCGUGCGGUGUCGGCAUCUUUUCGGGCGUCGAAUUUGUCUGCUGUCCGACACCUAAGACAAACGGUCAGCACAGGCAAAGUGGUGGUGUAGCCAAAGAUCUUAAGGAUAACAUCAUCGAUGAUAACAAAUAUAAGCUUAAAGAGAGUACCACCGAUUCGGAUGAAGACGAUGACAGUGAUGAUGAAGACGAUGAUGACUAUUAUGACGAUGAUUAUGAUGAAGACGAUGAUGUAAAGAGCGGCAGCAGUAGCAGCACAACAACAACUACAACCACGACUACGACCACCACUACCACAACAACUGAACGUCCGGUUGACUAUUAUUUAAGUCAUUUUGAUUCGCAGAAAGAGCACGACUCGUUCAAAUCGGCACAGAAGUCAUUGGAGGACAAUCAUCGACAGAAAGUUACUAAAGUUAUGAAGGAGUGGAGUGAACUCGAAGAACAUUAUCAAGAGAUGCGUCUGAAAGACCCGAAAGGCGCCGAAGACUUCAAGAAGAAGAUGACCGGACGCUUCCAGAAGACAGUGGAAGCACUGGAAGAAGAGGGUUCGGCUGAAAAGCGACAGCUGAUCUCAAUGCAUCAGCAAAGAGUGAUGACAAUUAUCAAUUUGAGAAAGAAGUCGGCAAUGGAUUGCUAUACGCAGAGCUUGGAUCAGACGCCACCGAAAACCAAACGCAUCGAAAAGUGUUUGGAAAAACUUCUUCGGGCUCUCGAAAAGGACAGAACCCAUACACUCCAUCAUUUCAGACAUCUGCUGAACUCAUACACCAAACAGGCGCUCAAAGAUAAGGACGCCAUGUUAGACCAUUUGGACGAUCUGAUUCGUAUGGCCAACCAGUCUAUACAGAUGUUAGACCGGGUGCCGAAUGUUGCCGAAAAACUCAAGCACCGGAUGGUUGCGUUUUGGCAUAAUCUGAGAGGUGUUCCGUACGACGAAAAGAUAACCCGCGAUUCGGAACUGGCUAUUAUGGACAGGUAUGAGGAAGAAGUGGCACAGAAACAACAGGAAAGAGAACGACAGAAAAUGUUAGCCGAACAACGAAAACAAGAGUUGGAAGAAUUACAAGACGAGAAGCGACGGGUAGAGGCCAACCAAAAGAGCGGUAAAUUGGAACAGGAGUUCGAUCCCGAGUCCAUGGAGGAUGAACGCACCGGUACCAGCAAUGAGGACGGUCAGGCCGAAAGCCGACCCCCUGUGGCGCCCACACCUACUCCACAGAGCUCGACACCCAUGCGAUCGGCGGUAAUCAUACCGCACGAAGACGAAGAAACCAAUGAGGUUCACGACAUUGUGCCCACACCUAAACAGUCGUAUAUACAGAACCAGGCAUUCCAUCACAACGAGGCUUCCUAUUCCGUACGCCGUGAGCCCUACAAUCAUCGGUUACGAUGGAACGGAAGUGUUUACAUCACACUGGCCUUUGCCGGCAUUGCACUGUUGACGGCCACUAUCGUCGGCAUUGUAUUACUUAAGAAACACACACAAAGGUCGCCGCAUAGCCAGGGCUUUGUCGAAGUGGAUCAAGCGGUGACACCAGAGGAAAGACAUGUGGCCAACAUGCAGGUCAAUGGAUACGAGAACCCGACGUAUAAGUACUUCGAGGCCUCACAACAACCACCACAAGUCUAAAGUUAUAUAUACAGUACUACUACUAUGCGGGACAGGGAGGGAAUGAAAGAGAGAGUUGAAUAUCAAAAUGACUAUUAUAUAUAUAAGUGAUAUAUAUUAUUGAUUAUUAUCAUUAAGUAAUUAUUACUAUUUU